AUGGCGAACGAUGCGCAAACCUCGAUCAACAUACCGCAAAUCUUGGCCGUGGCAGUUGUCGGCUUCCUCGCUAUCCGAUGGUUCAUGAGCAAGCCCUCGUCAUCUUCCGGCCCAACAUCAGCGGCUUCAUCACGAUCGCGGAAUAACAUAGACCCCGCCAAGAUACAAGCCGUAUCUGCCGUCUUCCCACAGCUUGAUCAACGAAGCAUAGCCUGGGAUCUGCAGCGAAAUGGCGGAAAUGUGGAGGCAACUAUGGAGAGGGUACUAGGCGGCAGAGGACUAGAGUCGCCGCCCCCUAGCUUUCAGCCAACUCUGCCGACACCCCCAGCAGCAGCAAAUGACAGUGCGACAAGUAGUGGGGCAAGAAAGGUUACAGGCCAGCCAGAUCUAAUCACAAGAUAUGGGCUGCAAAGUAAAGUUGGCGGGAAGGGGAAGGAGCCGGUACCUAGCGAAGAGCAGAAGAGAGGCGGUUGGAGUGCCGACAAGCAUGCAAGAGCCGAUGCACUGAAGCGUAGGAGGGAGGACAUGAUUUUGGCUGCAAGGAGGAAGAUGGAGGAGAAGGAGAGGCAGGCAUAA